AUGGGGUGCUGCAACGGUGUGUGCGAGGCGGCGAGGGGGAUGAGAAGGGGCAGCAUCCUCCUGCUAAGAGCUUGGGGAGGGCCAGGCCCACGACCCAAGGAGAGCGAGCGCGGGGAGACGGAGGACGUGACCCUUCCCACCCCUGAGGCCCGAUCGCGGGCGGCGGCCGCCCCUCCCCCGGCAGCGGCGGCGGCGGCGGCAGCUCACUCAGCCCGCUGCCCGAGCGGAAACGCCACUGACCGCACGGGGAUUCCCAGCGCCGGCGCCAGGGGCACCCGGGACACGCCCCCUCCCGCCGCGCCAUUGGCCUCUCCGCCCACCGCCCCGCACCCAUUGGCCCACUCGCCGCCAAUCAGCGGAAGCCGCCGGGGCCUCCUAGAGAAGAGGCUGUGCUCUGGGGCUCCGGCUCCUCAGAGAGCCUCGGCUAGAGGGAGGAGCGCUUCCGGCUUGCCGCUUGUCGCUGAUUGGCCAUUUCUCCUCCCGCCGUGUGUGAAAACCCAAAUGGCGUAUUCUGGUUGGAGUAAAGCGCCUGUCAGUUACAGAGUCGGGAGUGCGCAGCCGCCUGGUGACGCUCGCGAUGCCCCCUGGGUGGGGCGGGUAGGUUGCUCCUUGCAGGCAGGACAGUUCUUAUGGCUUUAUCCGUUGCCUAAGCACAGAGAGGUCUGCGAGAUCAAAACUAUUGUCAUGAUAGCAAGAUGCCUGCCUUUUUCAUUUAUUCUGACAGUGUACAGAGACUGCAUGAUGUGUGAUGACAUCCUCAUUGAUGUUAAUGAAUGGUGCUGUACUGAAAUUUCUAAGGUGUUGUUAGGUUUUGGUAUGCAUACUUGUUUUUAGAAAUUAUUUUUUUCCCCUUUUCCCAUUUUUAGAAAUCAGCUCACUUUUUAGGUUAUGCCUUCAGUAAUCUUUGCAACCUCAAUAUUCUACAAUUGUUAUUUUAAAAUACUGUAGUUUUCUUAUGUGCCUAAGCAUAAACAUAAGUACAUUUUGUUGUUUGUUUUGUUUGCAAUAGUGGUUUAAAUAUUUUCCCAGAAUAUCCAAAUUUAAAAAUUUUACAACUUUAGAAUAACUUUAUUCUAAAAUAUUUAUAUUUUUCUCAUUUAAGAAGGGAUCGAUGGCUUAAAAAGACUGCUUCUCAUUUACUUAUCGGCUAUACCAUCUGUAUACUAAUAAAAAACAAGAUUGAUUUGGAAGGACUGACUCAAACUAAUGAAAAUAUGAAACCUGUCAUUCUACUUUGGAGAUACUUACCUUAUCAUGUCUGCAGUAGAAUAAUUUAGUUCUUUUGCCUUUUUUUGGAGAUGAGGUCUUGCUGUGUUGCCCAGGCUGUUCACAGGUACCAUCAUAGCCUACAGCCUGAAACUCCUGGGUUCAAGCGAUAUUCCUGCCUCAGCCUCCUGAAUAGCUGGAGCUAUAGGCAUGUACCACCAAGUCUGGGCUUUAAAAAAAUUUUUUUACAUAAUUUUUUUUGAGACAGGAUCUUGCCAUGUUGCUCAGGCUAGUCUUCAACUCCUAGCCCUGAGUGAUCCUGCCUCCCAAAAUGUCGAGUUGUUAAGCGUGAGCUGCCAUACCCGGCCAAAAAUUUUUUUAGAGAUGGGAAUGGAACAAUUUUGAAUAGUGUUGGUGCCACCUAUGUUGUGGCAUCAUUUUGAAACUAAUCAUUCAGAGUUUUUUUUUUUUUUUUUUGGUAAGGUAUUAUUUUUUAAUGCAGGUAUGCCACUACUGUAAAAAAAAAAAAAAAAAGUUUUAAAACUAGAAAUGAAAACACUACUUAAGUAUCUGUUACUUUGUUAUACUCUAGAAACAUACACAAUAGCUGAGAAACUUUAAAAAUCUCACAUUGCUGAAUGUCUCUGCUGGCUGAAGUGUAAGUAAAAGAUCACAGUAGUGCCACUGUUGAGUGGUACAGCAACUUGUCAUUAAAGAUGUGUGUGCAGACAUGAAUUCUGAGUUAAUAUCUCAUCUGUAGAAGUAUACAUUUGUCCCUUGCCUUGGGAUUGGUUUCAGGACACCACUCCCCCACCCUUGCUGGCCAUUCACUGAGGACACCAAAACCCAAGGAUGUUGAAGUCCCUUAUAUAAAAUGGCGCUGUAUCUCCAUACAACUUACACACAUCCUCCCAUAUACUUUAAAUCAUUUCCAGAUUUUAGAUACUUUCAUACAAUGUGAAUGCUAUGUAAAUAGUUGUUACAUUGUGUAUUUAUAUUUGUACUAUUGUAUUAAAUAUUCUCAAAUAUUUUCAAAUAUUUCAAGUUUGGUUGAAUCUGCAAAUGCAGAACCUGAGGAUAUGGAGGGCUGACUGUGCUUAUACCUUAUAAAUGGAUGUGUGCGUGAACGUGCCUGGACUUGUUACUUGGCUUGUAUUUGCCAGGCAUCAGCAUCAACUAAUUAAAGAUACUCUUACGUGAAAGCUUGG